AUGACAAGAAUGCUGGAUAUCUUAGAAGACUUCCUUGAGGGGCACGGUUACAAAUAUGAAAGAAUUGAUGGAACUGUCAAUGGAGCUGCUAGGCAGGAAUGUAUUGAUAGAUUUAAUGGUAAGUACAUGUGAUGCAGGAGGAAACAGCAUUUCAGUAAUUUUAAUUGGGAAGUAGCUAGGGUGAUCUUCAAAACUUGUUAACCUUACUAAUCUUCAGCUAUAGUUCAUACUGCUACUGUUAAAACUGUAUUUUCACUAAAGAAAUAUUUACUGCUGAAAAUGUGCUUUUCUGCUGACUGUCCUCUGACCAAAACGCCAGAACUAGGGUAUAAGAUGGUGCGAAUCAAUGACAGGCUUUUACCUUAUAUUGUGUGAGUGUAUUGUGUGUAGUGCUCCUAUUUUUCUAAAACUAAGCUUCUAGUGGCGGGCAAAUUUGUAACUUUUCGUGGUGGUUAUCUGAUAAAUAAUAUCAAAAAUUGAAAUUAUCCUCAUUUCAUUAAAAUCCUGACCAUGUAUGAAUCCUGGCCUUAUAUGAACCCUGUAAAGGGAACAUGAAUCCCCAGCUACUUUUUAUAGGUUAACAAAAUGAAAACAAAACCUCUUAGCUGUUCAAUUACUACCUACUACUACUUAUUGAAUACUCCUUGAAACUUGAAAUCUUACUGACAGCCCUGCAUUACAGUUAUUUUACGUGUUUUAUUAAUAUUGUUUUUGAUGCUAAUCAGGGCACUAUUUUUCUUGCCUUUUCUUUUCCUGUUUGCUUGUUUGAAGCUGCUGGUGCACAGACGUUUUGUUUCUUGCUUUCUACUCGUGCUGGAGGUCUGGGCAUCAAUUUAGCCACAGCUGACACUGUGUUUAUAUAUGACUCAGACUGGAAUCCUCACAAUGACAUCCAGGUAUACAAUGUACAUAAAUAGUGACAUUAACAUGAAACAUUGUAUUUUGGCCAAUCCAAUAGUUCAGAAAAUUUGGUAUGUUAGUAGACCUCUUUAUACUUGGGUUUUCUGUUAACAGUUACAAAGCUGUGACCUGCUUUACCCUGGAGUAGAAAAAGAAGUUACAAGAUUUUUUAUCCACCAACCUAAUAAGAUGUUGUACAUGUGUGUUGCUUUUCUUCCCUUCUUGUCUUUUCUCACAGGCGUUCAGCAGAGCUCAUAGAAUUGGUCAAAACAAUAAGGUAUUUAAUUAACAAAGUGGUGUUCUUCAGUGCCUUGUGUAUUGUUUUAUUGUAUAAAGUCUUCAUUUAUCCUAGUCAGUUCAGUUGAAUAAGGACCUGGGGCCUGUUUCUCGAAAGUCCCAAUAGUUACAGGACCUAGAUAGUUCGGGGCCCAGAAAGCUGUUGUUGUUUACAUUCAAGAUAGAGGUUUCAGUACUUUUGCAGAUAACAUAAUAAAAUUAUCAGUUAAGAAAACAAAAUGGACGAGUUUGGUGGCUAGGACUAGCGCGAUUUUAUUCUGUACAUUUUUACUUGAAUAUUUGAUUUCGAGCCUGGAAAGUUACUGGGACUUUCGAGAAAUGGGCCCCAGUCCUCCAAGCAGGAGGUCAAGGGUUCAAACCCAGGCCAGACCAUCAAACAAUCUUUGACUUUAGACCUUAGCAUAUCUGUUAAUAUAUAAUGUACAGUAAAAAAACACGUCUGAUGUUCUCUCGUCCGUAACUCAUCAUUCAUUUCAUGCAUUCAUUCAUUCUUUCAUCCAUUCAUUUCAUUUCGUCCAAUUCAUUUGUAUUGUUUUGUACAGUUUAGCCCUGUAGUCAGACUCUUCUUAAUUCACCCUCCAGUGCACUUGAGAGAGGCGUCAUUGUCUUCAGACUUCUUAUGUCCCCCUCAUGGAGCAUCAGUUUAGACAUUACUUUUCAAUACGUGUAGAAUAUCAAAUCAGAAUAUCAAAUAUAAUAUAGAAUAUCAGAAUAUCAAAAUUACAUUAUGAGUCUCCGUCUUCUUGUUAGGUUAUGAUCUAUCGCUUUGUUACAAGGGCUAGUGUAGAAGAGCGGAUCACACAGGUACGUAGCGCUGUACAUUAUAACAAGUGUAAGGGGAAAUAUUUAUUUUAAGCAACUAAACAAAGUAUAGUCAGUUCCUGCUAUUGCAAACACAGUCUAAACAAUAAUUGUUUGGAUUCUUACUUCACAUUAAUGGAACACAUUUAUGGCUCCUUCCUUGGUGGUUUUAAUUUGGAGGUGUGUUGGUACAGUCUUUCCCUGCUAGCAGAGGUGUCGUGAGAGACCUCUGCUAGCAGGGAGGUGCAGUCUCUGAUGAUGCUGAUAAUUGUGUCACAGUUUCUUAUAUUAACUAUAAAAAAAUAUUGGCCAAAAUGAAUGUUAAUAAGCAUAAUCGGCAUGUUUUAGGUUUUUUUAAGGAGACGUUAUGGCUGGAAUAACCUAAAAUGGAAAAAACAUGAGAAAUUCCUUCCAAAUCAAGGAAAGGGUUGCAGUGAAUGAACAUUCAAUCCAAUAUUGCUUUGUUCACCUGAGCCCAAUUGCCUAUAUCAGAAUCUUAUCAAACUACAGUGCUCAGUGGAAAGAAAACAUUGAAGAAUAGUUGCAUCCCAGUUCUGUAAAUUUUGAGUUAAAAUAAUAUGAUUCAAAAUAUCUGGAAAAUUGUAAUAAGUAUAUGUUUUUUGUUUAUUGAGAGACCUCAGUCUCGACUAAUUUACUUCAACAAUCAGUGUGAAACAAACAAAUCCUUUAAAAGCGCUAUUUUUGUUGUAGAUGUAUAAUAUGACCCCUUAAGCUUUGAUGACUUUGAUCUUUGCUUGAAAGGUUGCCAAGAAGAAGAUGAUGCUGACUCAUCUUGUGGUUAGACCCGGCUUGGGAUCCAGCAAAACUGCUGUCAUGUCUAAGAGUGAGCUCAAUGAUAUUCUCAAAUUUGGAACACAAGAACUCUUCAAGGAUGACAAUGCUAAAGAUGGAGGUUAGUCUUCUACUGACACACCUUUCUUUAGUGAAUCAAAACAUUCCUGACGCUACCGUAAGCCAGGGACACCCAGUGACUGUUUUCUGUGAAAUGUCUGUUCGGAGAAGCAACAAUUGCCUAGAAUUUUCUAUAGCUUGAGGAAGGCUAAAACUUUCGAGAUGACCAUUCAUGUACAAUUUUUGAAGCUUAUCUAUUAAAUUCCUUACGAUUUUCUGAAGUUUAAUUUUUCCCAUUUUACUCCCCAGGUUAAGCUAUUUUUUCAUAGAGAAAGGAAACCUAAAUUUUCGCAACCGGGAAUGCGAUGCAGAUAGGAAUCAGAAAACUUCCCACUUUCGUAUAACUUUAAAUUGCAGCUUACGUUUUCAGGAAAAUAAUUUUGAAGCCCUUGUAAUUUUAAAAAAGACUCAUUAGCGCCACUUAGAAUACAUUUCUAGAGAUCUAAAAGUACUCUGAGCAGCCCUAGAAGUGUGUUCCAUGCAUGUACGAACGCUGUACACUAUCAGUGGCAUUUGCGUUUUUCUAAUUCAAAACAUAUGUUGUAAUUAUGUUUCUCUUUUUUAUCGUACUAAAAAACAAGUGCUGGUACGUGGAAGACAUAUGACUUUGCAGACGCUAUUGAUAACUCCUAAAUGGUUUAUAACUGGUGACAAGAUAUGUAUCAGUUGGUGAAAGGAGCUGAAGUCUAGACUAUGAGUAGUCUUUUUAUUUCCCUGGGGUGUCAAAAGGAGUGAAACAUGAGUGAGCCAUCUUCCACGCCCUGCCAUGUUUUUCUGCUGCUAAGAAAAAGAAAAAAUUGGAAAAAACAGGAGAUAGCGAGAUCUUAUUUCUUAAGGAUGCUGUAAUAUACAUUCUUAAUCGAUUUUCUCUUAAUUGUCAGACUCGGGUGACUCAGGCCGCAUAGAUUAUGAUGAAAAAGCCAUAAUGUCAUUGUUGGACCGUACCAGUAGCCAUGAUGAUGCUCCUGAUGAAGAGAAAGACAUGUUGGCUAAUGAAUACCUCGCUUCUUUCAAGGUAAGCAUGACUCAGGCCCUGUUUAUAUGGAGAAAAGUUGUACCGGGUGGAUGGGUCACUUGCCUACCCUAGCAACCCUGGGCAGGCUUGGUUCUCAUAUGCCGGCGACGUAUCUGCAACGUAGCUGCUGGUACUGCCUGGGCUACUUCUUGGACAAAUGAGAACAUGCGCUGCCUGCAACUAGAGCCAUCACAAAGUUUUACCGCUGGCAUGCCUGCGAAGAUAAACUCGAGUCAGCUUCGCAGGCAUGCCAGCGGGUAAAGACUGGGAUGACCAAUUUUGCUGGCUACUUCUGUUCUCAUAUCGGAACAGUAUCCCAGGCAGUACCGGCGGCCAUGUCGCAGGUGCAUCAGCGGCAUAUGAGAACCGGGCUUGCAAAAAAAGUGGGCAGGGAAUCAAACAGAUAGGGAUUUCUUUUAGUUUUAUGUGCCGUCCUUUUUCCAAUGGUUUAUAGUUGAAUAGCAGAGCCAGCUUUUUGGCUAAAGCAUGUCAAAAGAGAAGGAACAGGAUGACAGCAUUUUGUUGCUGUGGCCUGUUGAUGACUUCUCUCACUUUAGGUGGUUGUAAUCUACAUAUAUACAGACCACUUCUAUGACAUGCAAUAUUAAACAUGAGUGAGCAGGGCCUGGAGCCUUAGCAUUAGGCUACUGGAGUAGUAUAUCGCUCAGACAUGAUAAUGUCUCCCUCCAUGAUAGUAGUGAAUUAUUCCCAGCACUGUAGUCAAGUCUUACUGAUUUUGCAUUUAGACAUGCAUACAGAAUAGUGAACACGUUUUGCCUUUAGAAUUACUGUUAGACUUUGUGGUAAUAUACGCUCAAAAAUUUUCACAGUGAUAUAGAUUAUACUAAUUGAUCCUUUCUCCGCUAAUAGUGACUAGAGAAAUAAGUUCACCUCCUCCCCCCACACCCCUCCUCAAAAAAUAUUCAUUUCUAAAGUUCUUAGAAAUAAAUAGCGCUGGGCGACCGUCUGCCAGAGAGGUUUCAACUGGGCGAUAACACCAUAGGAUUUCAUUUCAUAACCUAGCCACACCAAAGUUUGGAAACAUUCAAGUGAUAAAAAAUACCAACUUGGAUAGUGAUACCGUAUCAUUCAGUUUGCGCUUAUCAGUUUGUGGUUUGUGUGUGAACCUUUCUAAAAGCCAUUGAUUUACAAGUGUUUUUUAUUAACUAAUGUAUAAGCUUAUGCCAUCCAAGUAUUUUUAGUCAUUACUUUCAGUAUAUCCUGUUAACACUUUGGUGUUUGUGGCUUUCUUUGCAGGUCGCAAGCUAUGUAGUGAAGCAGAAAGAUGAUGAUGUAGAAGUUCUCAAGGUAGCAAAAAAAAUCGCCAUCUUCUUUACGGCUUAAAUAGUUGAUUAACGUCUUUCGCGAUGAUGUACAUUCCGCAAAAAACAGUUCUUAACCUUUCACUUCCUCUGUGGUAUUUUCCUGAGCAAAUCCGAGCAUGUUCCCACAAGCUGGACUUUUUCCAUGUUAUUAUUUUUCCUUUAUAUUCAUCUUAAUUUACCUCUAAGUAUCCAUUUUGAGAGAAAAUUCUUUUGUUGUUUGAACAUGCUAGCGAGGCUUGGCGUCAAUUAUAUGAGCAUAAAAUAAUAAGUAACAUGAAAAAGUUCUAUUCUACUGCUAUUCUUUAUCAACAGCAAGAUGCAGAGAAAGCAGACCCUGACUACUGGGAGAAACUUUUACGCCAUCAUUACGAGCAGUUCCAAGAAGACGAGGCGCGACAUCUGGGAAAGGGAAAAAGAAUCAGAAAACAGGUAACUGUAACUUUACUUAACUUGUAGGAUCAAAAUUUAACUUCUCAUUUCCUCUAGAAGUGGUGGGGAGAAGUUUUUAAAGUGUCAGUUAAAUCGAUCUUGUGUGAUCACGUCCUUAAUUCUCGCAACCACUCUGUAUUAUAAAAUAUUUAUAUUAUGAGAAAUUUGAUGCUGAACACUUCUAGAGCCUAAAGGCUCUAAGCUGAAAGGACACAGGCCACAUAAGUAACUCUUACAUAAUAGUCGAAGCAUGAGCACUUACCGGCACAAAUUAAACUUUUAUUUUUGACCAUUGAACAACUUGGUGUGAUUUUUACUUCGGGGAGGUGUAGUCACUGGAUUGCAGUGAUCUUCUUUUUCGCUGAUAGAAAGUUUUCUCGCCUGGAAUGGCGCCCGGUUUCUAGUAAAUAUUGUCUGGUGAUGGUGAUGAUGUUCAAAACGCAACAUGACGUGUCAAUUAAUAUUUCCAAAAAAAAAAACUGCCUGUUCAUCGAUUCAUAUGAUUGGUUCGAUCCGCUGGAAAAGAGUGUAACCAUCUUUACGAUAACGUUUAAGCCAUCCUGAAACAGAACUGAAAAUGUUCGCUGUGAUCGCUAAACGUUUACUAACCGAUUGUUGCGAUUACAUGGAAACUAGUUGAAAUUUGGGUAUUUAGAAGGCUACGUACAAGUUCAAGGCGGUUAUUGAAAGACAAUUGUGUGUAAGUAUGGUCACUGAACUCUAAACUGCUUCUGUGUAUAUCCCCAGGUGAGCUAUGUUGAUGGAGGUGUGGAAGAUCAGGAAGAAUCAGGUAAUUUGGCUUUUUUGCAUCCAUAAACUGUUUGGGGAAGGUUAAUCGAGUGGUUACUACUGCACUAUGCUCCUUAACCCCCGCUCAGUCUACGAUUCAUUUGAAAUACAUUCAAGUUCCUUAACGGUAAACUCGUCUUGAGGACACCUGGCUAUAAUGGACACUCUGAUGAUACGGGUAGGAGCGAAAUCCCCGAGAAAAAAAGUGAGAAUUACCGACUUCUGAAAUGAACUCUCGACCGCUACCACGAACUCUCGCUAGCGAGAACACUUACUCGCUCACUAACCCAUUAAAGGCAGUUAGCUUGCGUUCAACAGGGAAGGGGAAGAAAAUGUGGGCGCGAGACCCCGCGCGAGGAAGAGCUCCUUCCUCGCGUGCCCCGCACGCUUCCCUCGCGCCCAAAAUACUUUCCUUUUCCUUUCCCUGCCACUCAGGCUAACUUUUGGUGUGCGCCUCGUUCAGCAAAACGAGAUUUGUUCUUGACACAAUUCAUUUCAAAAUUUUAACUAGUGUACGGUAUAUUUCCAGAGUUUGAAAAGAGUAGCUACUCUGGCAAACCACCAAGUUUGUGUUUUAACUGUAACUACUGAACUCGGUGUUCAUUUUAUUUUCCUCAGUUUCGAAAUCAUCAUCACAAAUUACCAGGGACAAAAGCAAAGGAACAUGAGCUUUAUAAUAUAGUGCGCGUGCUUGCCUGCCUCCAUACCCCUCCCUAAGCAAACUUAACCCUUACUUCCCACUUAGGGCAAAAUGUUGGCUUAGGGGAGGGGUAGGUGGGCAGUUUCCCAGGAACGUAUAAUGAUCCAUAUAGGGUCAAAAUCUUUAUUUACGCUCGGGCGUGCGUAAAUAAGAUGACGUAUACAGUUGUCUGUAAAAUUCAAGAAGCUAGAGUUGCGCUUCUAUCGUGCUCUCCAAACUUCCCACGUUCAUUCGUAACUCGAUAUACGCACGCUAAGCGUGAACAAAUUCUUAAUUAAACCAAGUUGAAAUUGAUGCACAAUAUUUACGCCUACAUUUUAAGGGCAAAAGUGGAACGAACUAUUUACUGGAAAAAAUAACCAUUCAAUAUCACUUAGGCGAAAUCAAGUUAUUUUGGACAUAACCACUGAAAAAAGGUGUCUUCUUCAAGUAGCUAUUCUUUUUGUGCGGGACGAAGAUAUCAGUAAGUUGUUCCAGAGUGCAUGGUAUCUAAUGUAGUCUGAUUGUGUUUACAGCAUGGACUAAUAACUUGUCGGACUAUGAAGAUGACGGUUACAGUGACGUUGAUGAAGAGGAAUCA